AUACCUUUCAAUCUAAUAGAACGAAAUGUGUGAUCUAAUCAUUUUACGUUGUGAGGAAGAAUGAUACGGAUUACGGAGUAAUCUAAUGAUAAUUCAGUGGUUCACUUAACUUAAUUGUUUUUAGGAAUGAGUUAUGUAUACGUAGUAGGACUACAUGCUCAUUAGGGAGCCAUUUCACCGGCGGUUCCGAACGAACAGGCGGCUUAAGCUUAAUUCUGAGAUUUAACUUGAGCUCCAAUUAACAUACUCCGGACUUCCCGCAGCGAAGACAGAGGUAAGCAAUGAGAGAGAAGAGUUUGCUCCUGAUUUUGAGGCAAAACAAAACCUUGGGUUCGAAGAUUUCAUCGAAUCUGAGCGGGUUGUUCAAAUCAACCUCGACCCAAACUUCGGAAAAGUACAGGCUUUUUUCUGUCGCGAAGCUUGCUCCUUUAAGCAGAAACUCAGUUACCAGAAGCUUUGUCAAUUAUGGGUUCAGAUCCUUUCGUCAGUUCAAUCACAAGGGAUACAGACCAUCAAAUAGAAAUUUUUCCACUUCCACGGCUGCUGAAACAAAGGAGGGGUUGAAGCUCCUAGUAACUGGUGGGCCACAUGCUCAGAAAGUGGUUGGGAUAUGGCUUUUCGCUUCAGCUGCUUGGGUGUUUAGUAUGGUGGUGCUAGGGGGAGUAACACGCCUAACACGUUCUGGCCUUUCCAUGACUGACUGGAAAUUCACAGGGAGUUUGCCUCCUCUUUCAGAUGAAGAAUGGGUGGUUGAGUUUGAGAAAUACAAACAAUCCCCUGAGUAUAAGCGUGUAAACAAGGGGAUGGAAAUGGAAGAUUUCAAAUUCAUAUAUUGGAUGGAAUAUGCUCACCGAAUGUGGGGAAGAGGAUUAGGUAUAAUGUUUGCGCUUCCUUUCUCAUACUUCCUCCGCAAGGGCUAUAUUACUGUGCGAUUAGGGCUUCGUCUCUCUGCCUUAUUUGCCCUUGGUGCUGGACAAGGACUUAUUGGUUGGUGGAUGGUUAAAAGUGGUUUAGAGGACCCACCAUCAGAGUAUGUCAUACCAAGGGUGAGCCCAUACCGCCUUGCAGCUCAUCUUACAUCGGCUUUUGCCAUUUAUUGUGGCCUCUUUUGGACGGGUCUCUCUGUUGUUAUGCCCGAACCUCCUGCCGAGUCACUUGCCUGGGUACAAGGAGCAGCAAAAGUAAAGCGUCUUGCCCUUCCAGUUGGUAUCCUCGUUGGACUUACAGCUAUCUCAGGUGCAUUUGUUGCUGGAAAUGAUGCUGGUCAUGCAUUCAAUACAUUUCCUAAAAUGGGAGACCAGUGGAUUCCAGAUGAUGUUUUCAGUGUGAAGCCACUCAUCCGCAACUUCUUUGAAAACACUGCAACUGUCCAGCUUGACCAUCGCAUACUUGCCACUGCAACAUUAGCCUCCAUAGGUGGCCUAUGGUGGGCAACAAGGAAACUAGACAUCCAUCCUGCGAUACAUUCUUUAAUCGGAAGCACUGUGGGCAUGGCUGCUCUUCAGGUCAGCUUGGGCAUAUCAACACUUCUUUCGUACGUACCUGUUUCAUUAGGGACAGCUCAUCAAGCCGGAGCUUUGACUCUUUUAACACUUAUGGUUCUGCUCAACCACACCGUGAGGCGCCCUUCUUUGAAUCUUCUCAAGUCAUUGCCUCCAAUUACAAGAACAGUAUGAAUGUCAUAUGUGACUUGGACUGAGCAUCAAGCCAAGACUAAGCCGGGAUCACGGAAAUCAUAAGUUGGAAGAGUGAACCGGAAAGUUUUGGCCCAGGAGACCAAGUUGGGAUUGGACAGAGUCAUUCCCAAUGGACUGGACCAGACCGUUUUGAUCUUUUUUAUUUUGAAAAUGUUUUUGUUAAAAAAUAUUAGCUUUGAUUGUCCAAAAACAACUACCAUAUUGGCUUUGUGUUUCUAUUAUUUUUAGGGGAGCUCUCCCGUGCAUUCCCUUUGUAGAAUGUUCUGGUGCAUUAGACAUGUGGCUGAAUAUGAGUGGAAGACAUUCCAUAUCAGCAGUUUCGUUUA